AGGCGGAACGGCGCAGAGGGAAGAUACACGUGCUGCUCCCACGGGGAAUUUGACUCGCUACUUCGUCCAGCAGCAAUAUUAGCUUGUCGCCAUCGAGGCCGUCUCUACGAUGUCCAAUAUAAUUUUGACAAGGGCAGGGAUGAGUGGACGUGUGUUUUCGAGGGUGCUGGGCCACGGGCGUGCGCUUGUCCACGGGCGUGCACUGGGCCAUGGGCGGCAGGAACAGUUAGCUGCGGCAGAUGGCGGCGGUCGCCUCCCGCGGCCGCGCCCCCUCGCCACCUGCCACAGCAGUUACAGCAACACCAAGGUGCCAUAUAGCACUGCUCCUCAGAGGAAACCAGACUGGAACCGUGCAGUCAGUGAUGCAGAGAAGAUUGUGGGGUACCCAACCUCGUACUUAACACUGCGCUCACUGCUCUCAGACGAGAUGUCAAAUAUUGCUGUCCACAUGAGAAAGUUGGUUGGUUCAUCACACCCUCUGCUGAAGACUGCCAAGCGUUUGGUAUACAAUGGUCGCAACAACAUGCAAACUCGAGGCCUCAUAGUCCUGCUCAUCUCUAAGGCAGCGGGACAUUUGAACCCUGAAGACCUUGAGCAGGAUAGGCCAGCAGGAGUGUCACACAGGUAA